CCUAGCAACACUAACAGUUUGCGUUUUCAGAAAAAACGUCGAAAUUUUUCGAAAAAAGGACGCGAAUCCUGGCGAGCAACGGCCAGGUGGGUGUCGUAACCAUGCUCAAGUCGCUCAAGCCGGACACGUACGCCGGAAUGGCGAACGCCAAGUGUGGAGAGAUCUACUUCCAGAGCCUGCACAGCUUCCGCAUCGACUGUGCGUUCUGUGAGAUGAAGAGCUUUGUGUUUGGGGACUUUUUGCUCCACGUCCAGAAUGUCCAUUUCGAGAACGGUCUGUUAAAAACAGAGGCGGGAGAUGCUGGAGCUGAUCUAAAGCAGGAACGUGAUCGGGAGCACACCUCGCCGGUGCCUAUUGUGGCGCAGGUAAAUCCAUUUGCCUGGUACGAGAUUGGCGGUGAUAACAACGAGGAUAGUGAGGAUGAACAAGGUGCGUUGGAAGAGCAAGACGAAGAAUAUGAGGAGCGGCCAGGCAAGACCAUUAUUCAAUGGCAAGAUCAUCAGGCACUGGCCAGCGAAUCCCUGCGUCAAGUUAGAGCCUUAAAGGUGGACUACAAGGAGGAGUCCGAUCAAGAGGAAUGUGGCGUCAAACUGGAUCUGGAAAGCGAAAGUAGGCAGUACAAUAAAACCCCCCAUUCGUGCCCACACUGUACAAAGGUCUACCAAAGCCGUAAGGUCCUGGAGAGGCACAUAAUGCGUCAACACAAGGAUAGCGCUUCACCAGAGGCGGACAGCGAAGAUGCGGACUACGAGCUACCCAAGGAUGUGCCCGCCUCGAAGUCCUCUGUCCAGGAGCACAAGUGCGAGCUUUGCGGGAAGAUCUACCAUGGGAAAUAUAGCCUAAGACAGCAUUUAAAACGGGACCAUGACAAUGGCGAGGAGGGUGUCUCUGCUACCUUCACCUGCCUGGAGUGCGAAGCCCAGUUGCCACGCCUCCGCCUUCUUGAUGAGCACAUGGUGCAGGCUCACGGCGGAGCUGCGUGUGUGGUCUGCGGCCGGCGCUACAAGACCCGCCACGAGCUGAAGCGCCACCAACUAAAGCACACAAGCGAACGAAAUGUGCCCUGCCCGCAUCCUGGAUGUGGGAAGCGGUUCUUCACCGUCCGCCAUAUGCGCAAUCAUGGCAAAGUUCAUACUGAGCAGAAGAACUUUGUGUGCGAAAGUUGCGGCUAUAGCUGCCGGAACAAGGAGACGUUGCGCGUCCACAUAAGGAGUCAUACGGGUGAGAGGCCCUUUGGCUGUCAAGUGUGCGACAAGAGGUUUCCCUCCCACUCGGGCCUGAGGGAACACAUGGCCAUGCAUUCCACGGAGCGACCGCAUGUGUGCAGCGUAUGCGGCGCGACCUUCUCGCGGCAAAAGGGCCUUUACCAUCAUAAGUUUCUGCACGCGGACACCAAGCAGUUCGUAUGCAAACUUUGCGGGAAUGCCUAUGCCCAGGCCGCCGGACUCGCUGGACAUAUGCGAAAGCACCGGAACGACGAGCUCAACGGAUAAGAUCGUAUAAAGACCGUUUGUAUUCUAAGUUGCCCGUUUUGUAUCAUCUACAAUUUCGGCGUUUAAGUUAUGGAACUCAGGCAUAGGCUAUAGGAGACAAGUAUAUAAUUAAUGUGUUUUAUUUUAUAUUCUUCCGGCUUUAAGUAGUCCACAGGUGUCUUGUGUUUUCGGUAUUCAUUCCACGGGUUUCCAUUGAUUUUAUUUGGCACAUACUAGUAUACAUAUUGUAAAUAACCGGUAUACUUCCUCUAGAAUUAAGGAAACUGAAUGUUGUUGAUUUGUUUGAAAAACAAAUCCUCAAAUAAGUUUACAUUAAAAAACAAGAAUUUGAUUGUAAAUAUUUAGAUAAUAUUGAAAUCUUUAACUUUCACUUAAUUUUGUAGAACAUUAAUUACAGCUGAAACUAAACUUUGUUAUAGUUAAAACAUAAUUUUAGGUCCAUUUAAAGUGUAUAACGAAAUGCUUCCAAUAACAAACCUAAUUAAUUUCGAUAGAGAAACUGAAAAAUAUGAUUAAGUCACUUUAAUCUUGGCCAGCAGAUAUGCCUAAUAUUCGAAUUGGAAAUCGCUCACGGAGACUGGCGAUUUUCGCGGUUAACCUUUUUGUAUUGAUAAAUAUAUAUAACACCUGAAUCUGAUUCACAAAAAAGCCCACGAGGGCAGCGUUUAAAAUUA